UGCCCAGGGGGAGCCCGUGCAUGCUGGGGGGUGAGCCCAAUCACAAGGCAGUCUUUGACAGAUCAAUUGAUGUUUCUAUGGUAACAUGGUCGGUGUCGUCCUGAAUGUCGUGACAGGUGUGUGACUGUUCAAAUCCACAGUAUGUACGCGAAAGGAAAAGGCUCAACAGUACCUUCGGAUGCUCAAGCACGGGAAAAGCUAGCGCUGUACGUCUACGAAUACUUACUACACGUCGGCGCCCAGAAAGCUGCACAGACGUUCCUAUCAGAGAUUCGAUGGGAGAAGAAUAUAACGCUAGGAGAGCCUCCUGGGUUUUUGCAUUCCUGGUGGUGCGUGUUUUGGGACCUGUACUGCGCGGCGCCUGAGCGGAGGGACACGUGCGAACACUCAAGCGAAGCCAAGGCCUUCCACGACUAUGGCUUCGUCAAUUCCGGUUACGCCGUCAACGGCAUCGCAGCGCACUGCCCACAGCAGGCUGGUUCUUGCAGCUGUUUGAAUCCUUCGGCACCAAGCCCGCUGGGUCAGAUGCCACCCAAUGAGGGCAUGCCUGGUGGACCCAUGCCACCGGGUGGAUUCUUUCCCCAGAACUCGCACAUGAGGCCCUCGCCGCCACAGCAGCCCGCCAAUCAACCGUCCCCUCACCCCCAGCCCCCUCCCCCUCACAGUCAGAUGAUGCAGAACCAGAGGGCCAUUUUUUCGCAGCCAUUCAUGUCGCCACGGUACCCUGGUGGACCGAGGCCGGGCGUCCGGAUGCCACAGCAGGUGGACUUCAACCCACCCGGCGGUGUUCCUGGUCAACCCAUGAUGCCAAACAGCAUAGACCCAACCCGGCAAGGUGACGGAGGAGAGUUUGCUGGAUGGCAAGGGCCCCCGUCGAUGAACCCCAUGAACCCUCGAAUGAACCCUCCACGAGGUCAGCCCCUCGGUCCCAUGAACCCCGGGAACUAUGGAGGCAUGAGGCCACCGCCCAACAGCACGAUGGGUCCUGGAGGUCCCAACAUGCCGCCCAUGUCCAUGCCUGGCCCUGGUGGAAGACCUUGGCAACCUAACGCCUCAUCGAUGAACUACUCUUCAGCGUCACCUGGCAGCCACUAUGGGGGUCCGCCAGUGUCGGCGUCGGGACCUCCAGGCCCCGGCACGCCCAUCAUGCCAAGUCCGCAAGGUACCCCUGGCCCCUUCUCCCCCGCCAGCCAUCGAAUGAGUGCCCCCAACGCUAGACGAGAUUCUUCAAAUUCAGGAGGUGAUGGAAUGUACGCCAUGAUGAAGCCCGUUCCAGGCGGUGGAAUGCCCGGCCAGUUCCAGAUGGGACCCGGGGGACCGGAAGGCCCCAUGGGGUCAAUGGGGCCUGACAUGGGCCCACCCGUCAUGAAUGGCAUGUCCUCUGGAGGUGACGGCCUGGACGGCAUGAAGAACUCGCCGGCCAACGGGCCCGGCACGCCGCGGGAGGACGGGCCUCCCAUGGGCGAUUACGGGAUUCCUGGAUACGGACAGGAAAAUGGGGGCUACGGGUUGUACUUAGUGGCAAAUUGUGUGCCCGAACAUGCGGAGUGUGGGUGCCUGAUGGAAGAAAGUGACUGUGCCCAUGGAUCUGAUGCUCAUGCUGUUCUCGGCAAGCCGGACUGGCCCGUAGAUGAGACUUGUGCAGACGUAGCUACAGUAAAGUGUUUCACCAGUGGAUUGAUAGUCAGGUUCAGGCGAGCUGCCGAUGCUGAACGCUGCUGCGAUCAGACGGAAUCGGCAGCAAUACUGAAGAUCAAGGAGAGCAUGCAGGAGGAAGCCAAGAGGUUUGAGAAGGACACGCCCGCCGAGCCCCCGGACUACUUCAUGCAAUAACCGGGGGCCCCCCCGCCACCCCCGCCGCCGCCACAGCCGCCAGUGCGCGCGCGUGGCAGAGCAAAGUCAAAGCCGCAGCCGAAGAAGAAGGCCGCCACUAGGGGGCGCGGGAGGCGGCGCCAACCACCGUAGCGGCCACCCCCCGCUCCCAACUUGAGGACUGCCACACCGCACGACCGGAAAAGGCCCGCAACGCGCCGCAGGGGCAGUGACUUGGCCCCGGACGUGGCCUUGCGGCCUCUGGAUCCCUUGGUUGUGCCCUCCCUGGAGACUUUGGUUCCCGUGACUCUUUCCGUCGCAAGAUGGGCUGCUGGCACUGCCUGCGGUGACUCAAACUUGCGUGCGCGUCGUCGGUCACGUGACGGAGGCAGUGUCAGCUGCGUGCUGUCUCCUUUCAGUUUGGAGCUCGUGAUCUGCCCUGGCUCGGCUUGGGGCUGCUGCGCGCGCAGGUGCAACGGGAGGGAAGCUGCCACAAACUCUGCCUGCUACUGUGUGUGCCCUGGCAGGCAGUUGGCAUUGCGACUCAAAGUUGGUCAUUCCUAGCCCCGGUUGUGCCCCCCGCCCCCCUCCCCUAAUUCUUAAUGUUCUUCCUCAACAAAAAGCGCAAGGUGGUGGCAGUGCCGUGCCGCCUGCUGCGCAGCGGUGCAGGCUGAGCCAAGGUGGAGCGUUCCUCGCUCUGGGCAGAGCUUCCCCACCAGAGUAUGUGCGUCGUUAUCAUGAGACCAUGCCAUGGGAACUGGGCGUGCGGUCGUGUGCGUGCGGUGACUGUGCGCGGCUGGAGGAACUGGCGGAUGUUGGGCCUUCAUCCCGGAGAGACACUUCGUCCUGCUUUUCCUACUUUUGCUGCAGUGUGCCCCGUGGAGUUUUCAUUUGCUGGCCGGUGCGUUCCUCGUACCUGAGGAACUUUCUUCUCUUGUGUUUUCUCUCUUUCUCUUUCUCUCUCUUCCUAAAAGUGAGGGGUAUUAUUUUUUAAUUGGUUCGGGGGUGAGCAUGUGGAGAAUUUCGCUUUCUUUUUAGUGACUGGCAACUUGUCUUUUCUUUUUCUCCUGUUGCCAGGUCGACGCACAAUGUUGCAGGCCACCUUUUGUGUGAACGAUGCGAGGGCUGUCUGUAGAUCUGUGCUGUCGUCGUCCUUUCCAGCACAAGGCCAGGCAUGGUUGAGGGGGUCAGGGCGGCGGGACUCAGGAAUUCCUGAUGGGCACGGCGGUGUCCUGAGCUUCCUUUGUCUCUUUCUCGGGCCGGUGCUCGUGAGGCUCGCGACUCCCCUGAGAACGGAAAUGGAACGGAAAAAAAAAAAAUGGAUGUGAAAUUCAGCCAUGGUAACACUAUGAAGUGUGCAGUUGGUAGCAGGGUCAGCCAGAAUGCGAUGGUUUUCCCCAACGUUUGUAAACCUUCGGCAGGGACCAGCUUGCCAUGGCAGACUGUGGCGGCUGCCAUUGUACGUUGUCUGACCUCGUGCGCUAUGCCUCCGUGCAGCUUGUGAGGGGUGUCUGGUGGGGACACAAACGGGGCGGAUUUGCCACUGGGUUCCAGGCUGCAGCAUUUCACCAUCAAGCUGUGGGUGGACUUGUUGGCAAGCGUGUACUUCGGUGCAUAGUGUCGGUGUGUGUAAGGACUAGGUGAGAGCUUGGGCUUGUCGGUGGAGGCAUACGUACGUUAUGCAGGAUGUGUCGGAUCUUUCUUUUUUUUUUUUUUUCCUUAUUCAGAGUUUUGGGCGUCUUUCGUGCUUCUUUCUUGCGCCAUCUUUCUUCUGUGUAUGGGCGCUCAGAUUUUGGCUCUAUUUUUUCCUGCUCAUUCUUCACUUCCUGUAAAACAAACUGAAAUGGUGUGUGUGUUACUCGGGGAGUUCCGUAACACUGUGGCAGGACUGUCCACGAGCAUCUGCAAGUGGUGAUACAGGAGCUUUUGGUUGUAUCUGGCUGUCGAUGCCGACAGCUGUAUUACUACAAACAUCUUGACGUAGGGCCGAUUGCAGAGAGUUGCACACCGGUAUUUCCCUUGGAAGCAGUUUGGGUGCUUUGUUUCAUUGUUUUUCUGGACUGGCUAUUUCUUCCAAGCUGUAAGGGAAAACUGUCGGUGAGCGAAGUUUCUUUCCCGUAGUUUUUUUUUUUUUUUUCUUGCAUUGCAUGCCUGAGGUGUUUAUCCAUAGCGCGGCAUCAGUUUAUCGCCAAUGCUGCGCUUUUUGAUCACACGCAGGCUUCAUUAACGGGCAGUGUAAAGAGUGGACGAGCAUGGCGUUGUAUGUGGCACACAAACUUCGCAGAGAGUUCUUGCUGCGGCAUCAUUCAUGCGAUGCACAUCUUUCUUGCCGACACUUAAAAAAAGUCGCGAGACAGUGCACAAAAAAAAAAAAGAAAAAGCACACUGUGUGCGCAGACCACUGGGACUCUUGAAGAGAAAAUUGUUGAGGAGAAAUGCUUUUUUUUUUUCCUUUUCUCCUCUGUAGGAGCAACUUGUAGAUGGGAGAAAGUGAGUGAAUGAGCGACUGUGCUGUGAGUGAAUGUUGUGUGGCGUGACUGGUGAGUGUGUGUGUGUGCAUACGUGUGUGCGUGGUUGGGUUUUCAUGCACGAGUCUGUGUGAAUGCAACCUGAUGGGGUUUUGGGGGAUAUAGAUUGUGCAUGUGUACAUAAUAUCUGUAUAUGUAGGGGUACAAGGAUUACAGAAGGUGUGAGGAUUAAAAAAAAUACAAACAAAACAAAGAUGUUUAGAAGAGAGUUCUACACUGUUGCAUUUUUUGAGGCUUCUUCCUCAUUCUGUUGGUUCUUCUGUCCUUUAUUUUUGUCUUUUUUUUUUACCCCAUCUCCACAACACAAGCGCUCCUUAUAUGCUUAUUUACAAGCAGUGCUUAAUUCCUCGUCUCUGGCUGCAUGUCGCAUUUGCAUCGGCUGUGUCCAUAUCGAAGCAGCGGCAAGGUGGUGAUUGACGCUUCUUUGCAUGAGCUGCGUUUCCUGACACACUCGGCGGUCGUCGAUGCUGUCGCUUUUCUCUGGCUCGCUCCACGAAGCGGAGGAGCAGUGUUGCAGCAGACUACCAGGAGGCGUCGCUGCAGUGGAAUUGGGCAGGUGGCGAUUGGCAUUGGCCGGCAACGCUUGUCUGAAUCGGCUGCUCCUGCAGAGCCCCCACGUUUCUUGCCGAACCCCCCCCCCCCCCCCCCUUUUUGUGUCACCUCUUGCCGCUGUUUGAAGCAGUUGCGCUGCGUCGGGUUCUCUCUUUGGGGCCGCACCAUGGGGGGGGGGGGUUGCGCUGCAACUUAUUUGGUUUGCAGGAGGGGGAGGGGGGUGGGCGUUUCUUUAAUCGAGGCGGGGAAAAAACGACGAGCAGCAGCACUACAUGCUUUGUAUAUAUAUGCAUAUGUACACACACGACACAUAUAUGUAAACUGGCGGGUGAGUUUAACGAGGUGAGAACGGCUGUGUGCAAGGUGCCCGUGUAUUUUUUUUUUUCCUCCUUUCAGCUCUCUGGUUUUGCCUUCUGCGCGCGGUUGAUGCUUCGUCGUGCGGGGGCGAAGCCAAACAACAACUACAGAGGGGUCCUGUUGGUUUAAUUUAUAAUACGCGGCGCUCUCCUCCUAUCUCUCCUUUGCCUGUGUAUCACCUUGUGCAUGUGUACUCUCUCUCCUCCCUCCCCCGGAAAAAAAAUCGUAUGAAACAAAGUGUUUCUGUUUAA